AUGGCGCCGAGCGUGGCCUCGAGUGAACUCUCAUUCACUCGCUCGCCCGUGGGCGUUGAUGAAUGGAUCAAGGCGAGCGUGUUGUUUGUGCACUUCACUAUUUACGUAAUUUUAUGCGUGGACCGGUUCGUCGACCCACGGGAAUGGAUACAGCACGUUUGCCUACCGACUCGUGUUUUUAAUUUGGCAACCCGAUUGGCGCAGUGGAUAGUGGACCUGCCUCCUGCGUCAGAGGCGUUCGGCCGGAAUUCGGGUUGGAAUGUGGGCGCGAUGUGGGGCCUUUCUAGGCCGAAUUGCUCCCAACCUCUUGACGUGUGUACAGUCGUGUGCACCAAAGUACGGUGCUUUUGUAUGUGUACAGUCGUG